AUGGCUCUCGUCUCGUCAGUCUAUUCAGCUGACCCCGUGACUUUAAAUGCCGAAAUAUCGCAAGCGAUGGUUAGUAUAGCUACGAGCCUCAAAGUGCCGUCGACGUUCGGCUGGUUGGCGGCGCGGCAAUGCAACUCCGCGACUGGAUGGCUCGGAGUCACGUGCGACACCGACGGUCACCCCGUUUCCAUAUCGUUCAACAAGCCCACGUGGACCGGCGGGUCUUUGCACACGUCUGUCGGCACUCUCAGCCGCCUGCAAGCCCUGUUGCUCAACAAUCUGGACAUGACUGGCAGCAUUCCCACAGAAAUCGGCCGCCUGGCGAGCCUGUCCUCGAUCGCACUCAACGGACUCGCGCUUUCGGGCCCUAUCCCUGCUAGUCUCGGCGGCCUCACCAAUCUCGCGAACCUCAACAUCACGGGCGGGUCCCUGUCCGGGCAGAUCCCCGCGGAGCUCGGGCAGCUCUCGCGCCUGCAGCUGCUCAGCGUGGGCUCCGCCGCGCCCUUCAACCGCCUCUCCGCCAUCAACGGCGGCAUUCCCGAGGCGCUCUGCGACAUCGCGCCGCUGCAGUACCUGAACCUGGGCUUUAACCGCCUGCAGGGCUCUCUUCCGCUCUGCCUCAGCCAGCUCACCAACCUCUUCUAUUUGGCCGCACCAAGCAACACACUCUCUGACGACAUCCCACCUGAAAUCGCCGCCCUGCCGCACCUCUACGAAGUUGAUCUUUCCAGCAACCUCUUCACGGGCCCAUUCCCAGCCCUUUCAACCGAGCUGGACUCCCUCACACUCUCCAAAAACCUUCUCUCUGGCCCGCUCCCCCCCGUGCUCCCUCCUCUCCUCACCUCCCUCGCGAUCAACACCAAUUACUUCACCGGCAACCUCCCGCUCUUCUUCCCACUCAACCUCACCUACAUUGACCUAUCCGAGAACUAUUUCACCGGAAUCGCCAACGUGUUUGUCGGGACCACGCCCCAGACUCGCCCCUGGGGCUCUCCCCCCUUCCUGGACUUGCGCAUGCGAUGCUAA